AUAUACAACUUUACUCAAUCUAUAAUCUUCAGAAAAAAUCCAACAGUCAUAGAAGAAGAAGAAGUCUUCACAAAGCCAAAAGAAAAUGACAGUGUUGUGUAUGAUACCCAGUUGCCUUAGCAAGAGCUGUUCAUUGGCAAAUCCAACAAAGAGGAGAAAUGUGUAUGAAGGAGACAAACCAUUUGCCCAAAGGGAGAAUAAAUUAGCAUGUGAGUUGAAGUUGCUGAAGAGCUUGGCUCCGCCUCUAAUGACUGUCUUUAUAGCCCUCUCUCCCAUUGUUAAUCCUCCAGUCUCAGUUGGACAAACAGUAGAUGUACAAAAGGGAGCUGCUUUGUUUAAUCGAGCUUGCAUUGGAUGUCAUUAUGAAGGUGGAAAUAUAAUCCAGCCUGGUGCGACACUCUUCUUGAAGGAUCUACAAAGAAAUGGAGUUGACACGGAAGAGGAGAUCUAUCGUGUCACUUACUAUGGCAAAGGGAGAAUGCCAGGGUUUGGUCAGAAUUGUACACCAAGGGGUCAAUGCACAUUUGGUCCUCGAUUACAAGACGAUGAAAUUAAACUCUUAGCUGAGUUUGUGAAGUCUCAAGCUGAUCAAGAUUGGCCUAAAAUCGAAAACAGUGGAGAUUGAAAAUAACUAUUAGUACUUCACAAUUGUUCAAAAUGUGCAUAUCAUGUUUCUCAAUUCCUUCGUCUUUUCAUCUCCCCCGUCCCAUUCGAUGUUUACUAAAGGCGAUUCAGAGAGAAAUAGUCAGUCAUUUCACUAGUGAAUUACCUGUUGAUGACAUGAAGGGUAGCUUCACUUGUUCUGUGUAAAGUUGACCUUGUUUUCUUCCCAACAAUAGUUUCUAUUAGUUUUAGAUAUACCACAUGCUGGACCUGCUAGAGCA